AUGUCGUCGUCGUACACGAGUCAUGCUACACAUCACCUCUUCGUCCCCCACCCAACCGCUCGGCCCUUGCCCAUCUGGGCAGCAGUAGUGCCACCCUUGACCUACUACAUUGCACUCUUUUUACUCCCACCUCUGUCGUCGAGGACUUUUUCGCGUUCGAUACGCCAGGCUGUCUCGGUCGCAAGGACAGCACUGGCUGCUGUGUCAAUUUACACGUUCGCAUCGCUUCCGUUCAAGUACUACUACCCUGGCAGUGCUGUGCUGACAUACCAGCUCGGACUGGUGGGUUUCUACGGCGCAUCUCGCGUGCUCGAUGAGUUUUUCCUAUCGCACCCUCGCAUUCCCAAGCGCAUCUUUAUCGCCCCCGCCGCAAAGACGGCUAACAAACAGCACGGCAACAUCUUCCGUCCUUAUUCAGCGGACAAGAAUGAGGAGUGGGAAACCGAGCCGCUUCCCAGGAAGCUCGCUUCGUUAGAAAGGGUGUGGUGGGCGUUGGACCUCAUGAUCAGCAUGCGCGGUAUCGGAUGGGAUUUUGCGUCAGCCGAUGUGCGCCAUGACUCGCAUCCUUGGCAGCCGCCCAGCUCGGCACAGCUCCGAAGGGCGUUCUUCAAGCUCUUCCCCAUCCUCGUUGGCUGCACAUGGGUGAUUCAUCAUCUGCAUCCCAAGCACAUGUCGACCGUCAAUCCUUCCAUUCUGGAUCUCGAUCCCACAAGGAGGAUCUUGUUCGUCGCGGCAACGGGUAUCUCGCUGUACUCGCUAUUUGACUUUGGGUAUACUUUGACGAGUGCAGUGGCGCUGCCUAUUUUGCACGAUGCGACUAGUCUUGCCUCGCAUUCGCAGUCGAAAUCUACCAACAACCGACAGGGAGAAGGAGCAAGACACCGAGUGAAGAUGUUGCAAGGCAGCAAGAAAGGGGGCGAGGAGUCAGAGAAAGAAACCGACGUGGAAAAUGAAGAAGAUACAUCGGCAGCUCUUCAGGUACGGACGCUGCAGUACCAACAACUGUCGUUGCGCAACAUCGAUUUUUUCCCACUGCUCAACCCCGCUGGGUUCACACAGGCAACCACAGUGCGACGGUUUUGGAGCUACGCAUGGCACCGACUGUUCGGUCGACCAUUCGGCGUGUAUGGGAUCCUUCCGUUCACUUAUGUCACCUACCUCGCACAAGAUUGGGUCGUGGGAAAGCUAAACGACCCCAAACGCAAGCAGGCGAGGAAGGAGAUAUGGCCAUCCUAUCACCCAGAUCCCAUGCGUGCUCUGGAACGCGGACGAGCAGACUGGGCCAAAGUGCUUGGUGCUUUCACUGCUUCAGGUAUCAUCCAUGCCGUCUCUGAACAUGCCGCGCUGGGCGGCAGGAUCGCCGUACCCGUCACCAACAUCUGGCUGAAUAGGGAUUACGCCAAGAGUAUGGGCCACGAACUUGGCCGCCCGUCCGCCAUCGCAGGCAAAGGCCUCUUUCGGUUCAGUCCGCUGCAAGUGGUUCCCCCGAUUUCGGGUGCCGGCGAGUUCAGUUUCUUCUUCCUCAAUGGCGUCGCGGUGGUCGUGGAAGGUGCGGUGGCAAGAUACGUCGAGAAGCAGAGGAAGAGGUCGAGUCCGAAUGGAAAGUACUAUAGCAUGUGGUACGACAACUACAUCUCGGUGGCAUGGACGUUGGCCGUGCUGCUGUUCACGGGACAGGCGUUUGUCGAGGGAUGGAUCAGGAGCGGGAUCAGUACGGAGAUUGGUCUGGUUAUGAGCUGA